UCUUCCGCCCUCCAACCCCCUCCUUCGCCCGCACUUCCCUCACCUCCCCACCGCGUUUCAAGAGGGCAGCGGGAUGUCCAUUCAGGUGGAUACGGAGCCUUCAUCGAAGGCUUCCCUCUGGGGAAUUUCUACAUCCAUUUGGCGCGCGGGUGUGGAAACCUUAGGGUUCUUCGAGAGCGGGUAUCUUACCUACUUGAAGCUCACCAACGCCAAGGCCUUUUGCCCUGUCGGCGGCGGCAGCUGCAGCGACUACUCCUUCGUUUUUGAUAUUUGGACGCAAGGCUGCACAAUAUUGGAUUAUGUUGUGUUCUUCCCUGAUGGAGCUGGGAAAGCAACAAAAAUGGCCAAAGAAUGUACUGUCAUCAGUAUUGAAGGCUUCCCAACAUGGAUUAUAAAAGACAAGGGUUCAAGUGGGGAGCAGGAACUUCCAGCCCUGGCAGAAGCAUCUGGGUUCAUUCUUGGGCAUUUUCAUCCUUCUUAAACCUUGAGUCAAACCGUGGAGGAAUAUUCAAGCAUAGCCUUACUGCCUUCUAGGGCUCUCUCUAUUCAGUCCAUAUACGUUGACACUCUGACUGGUUUUUUGUUACUCCUAAUGUAAUAUAAUUGUUCAUGAGAAAAAAAUUUUUGACAAAUUUACAAAAGUAGUCCUUAAUCCAAGGACAAUAUUAUACCAUUUUUCUCUUAGAAUGUAUGGAUGUUUAAAUUGCAUUUGUAUAGGAGGGAGGAAAAGAAAAAAA